AUGGAUUUUUCAUUAUCAAAUUUAUUUAUUAUUCUUUUCAUUAUAUUAAUUGAUUAUUCAUUAUUUAUUAAUACAUAUGAUUUUCAAUGUUUAACAUGUGACAAUUUUAUUGAUGGACCUGGUUGUGGUGAAUUUACACGAGAAAUACCUGUAAGAACAUGUCAAACAUAUUGUUAUUUUGCUAUUAUUUAUAAUCAUUCAUUAUCAUUAUCAAUACAUCAACGUGAAACAUCUUCAAAUAUAUUAUUAAGAGCUGUACGUGAUUGUUCACCUUAUGAAGAUAUGUCAAUUGAAGGAAAUUUAUUACUUGAAUCAAAAAUUGGUACAUCAUCUAUUAAUAUAAUAACGCUUAAACGUUGCAACAGUGAACAAUGUAAUAAUGAUUUUUAUUUAAAAUCUGAUGAAUUUCUUUUCGGUAGAAGUUCAUCAUAUCGGCAAAUAUCAUUUCCAAUUUUGUUUUUUUCUUUUGUGAUUAUUUUUUAUUAA